UCAUAGAAUUGAAUUCUAUUGGAGUCAGUCAACGCGGCAUGCGUAGUAGAAUAAUCGUGUGAGUGUAUUCCCUGAUACGAAAAUUCCUAACAAUUUAUUGUCACAAAAUAUAUUUUUAUCAAUGAAAAUGUGAUUUGUUUGUGAAACACUUAUCGGUGUUAUAUCGUCCUGGAACGGAUACUAUUUUAGAUAAGAGUUGCCAUGACCAUGGAGUGAAGCGAAUAUGACGAUACUACUGUAUGACUACUACGACUUGGAGGAGAAGUCCUCCAAGCAACUCAGCGUAUGGAAAGCAUGGCACUUAAUUUUAUACGUAUGUGCUGCCGUUUUCGGCAUCACAAAUUACGUAUUUCUACAAAAUACGAUGCAAUUGGUGGACGGUAACUGCGUUCUAUAUCCUCGUCAACUGGAGUUCCGAGUCGUGGAGCUGCCCGAGGCUGCAGACCCUCAGAAUUAUAAUGAAUACCAUGAUUUAACUAAGAAUACAACUGAUGAUGCUCAAGGUAAUGGACCCGUCCAGAAUGAUGACAGUGGCAAGGUUAAGAGAGAGACUCCUGACAAUGACACGGCUGUAACUGAAACUCUAGCAGUAGAUAACGAGAUAUUUACUGAAAACAAAACGCAUCGCUUAGUACUGGACGUAUCGAGGACGUUGUUUGAGACGAACAAUGACUGCGAUUUCGCCGAGUACACGCCAUUGAUGUCCAUGAUCUUUGCGGCAGUAUGGAUCACUAUGUUCACCAUGUGUCCUCGGGGAGGCCGCGCCCGGGCUGGAUUACCUCAACCAUGGCGUAUUCUAGCCCCCGCGUUAUUAUUCGCUCUGGUGAUGGUGGGCGUAACUGGUCACAGCUUCACUUUGACCAACGGAGGCUUACACGCAUUCUGUGCAGCCUUCUUCGACGUCAGUAAUUCCACUACGUGUUCAUCAGCAGACCCGUUCUUAGAGCUGGGAUGGAACGCGACGUGGGGCUUCAGCAGCCGUGCGGCGGCUACCCGGGCCGCCAGCGCCGGCGUGCUGGCGAGCUGGGCGUGUGCGGCGGCGCUGUUGCUGGCACGCUGCCUCGCUGCCCCGGACUUCGUGCUUAGGCGCACUGAUGUGUAUCUUACUAAGGACCCGCAACAGAAAGUCAUACCACACCUGCUGAAGAGUCAAAAGUAUCAUCAACGGUCUAACCAAAGUUCGCCUAGCAAACGUGACAACGCGUCGAUGCGGUCUGAGCCCACAGUGACCACUGAGCUGGUGACUGCCUCCGUGGAGCAAGGCCAGGACUCCGUCCCCACCUCUCUCAUUGUCACCCCAGUCAAGACGCCGCGGGACACUGAAGAUAUCGAGAUGACGUACACAUCACAAGAACGCAUUAAUAAACAGGAAUAAAUUUGUUUUGACUUCCAUUAUAACUCUACUCAAUUGAUUUCUAGAUUUUUUUGAAGUCAUUGCAGACGGUUUUAAAAGUAUCAUGUCUCUGAGAAGAAACACGCUUAUUUUUAAGUUUAGGUAUUAAAUAUUUUAUUGUUGGACAACAGAUGUAAUGAAACACU